AUGUCUGAAUUCGAUCUUGCAUCGGAUGAGGAUUUUGAUCCAGGCUAUGUUUCUGAGGAUUCACCUUCUGACGCUUCCGAUUCUUCAACUUGCAUAGACAUGUUGACUGAUCUGGGUGAAUAUGAAGAUGAAGACGACGAGGCAGCUGGAGAGGCAGAUGACCAGGAAGAUGACGAGGAAGAUGAUCUCGAGCCGUCUCAUGCCCGCUGUUUCGCAAAGCGAUACGAGAAGGUGCGCGUCAUGUCCAUGAUAUGGGACGUGAGCGGCUUGUGUUCGACUAAGUACCCGUACACUGUCGAUCAAGAAAUGGAAGACCCCAUGGAAUCUUUCGAGGAUUAUCGGUAUGAAGUCGAGAAAUUCACUAUUCCUUCAACACUCCCUGCCCGAAGACUCCAGGAGAAGUUUCGACAGUGCAGAAAGUCUUUGGAAUACGAAAACUCGGAAACGUUGCUUAUCUUUUGGUACAACGGACAUGGCGACAUCGUGGGUGAUGGGAGAGAUCUGGUGUUGUGCGGCGAACUGACCAUGAUUUACUGGAAGGAUAUAGUUGCUGGGAUUCUCCGUUUGCCGUGUGACGUUCUCGUCGUACUGGACUGCUGUCAUGCCGGCGCCUUCGUUCAAGAUGAGAAGUUUCUCAAGCCGUUCCUUCAACAAAACCGCCGGUAUAUCAAAGAGGUUUUGUGUACCGCUGGAUUUGAGAGAACAACCAAGUUUGGACAGCGGUACUCACUAGCUCCGGUACUGAGCGAAACGUUAGAUGCCCACAGACAACGAGGAGGGUUGGGUCUAGAUCAUCUCUUCAGCGUACUCAACUACAAACUGAAGAACCACUAUAUCAGAGGCAAGAAGAGGUCCAACACUCUCGUACUUCAGAGACUGAUUUCAGGGCGUCCGGGAACACUUCAGAUCCACCCCUUGCCUGACCCAAGCAGCGUUCUCACGAAGAAGAGGUCAGCUUCAUCUACCUUUGCUAGUUGUGGGGAAGAACAGCCUAAACGGCGCAAGAAGGUGGCAAAAGCUCCCGUCAGACAGAAGUGGAUUUGCAUCCAAGGGCGAUGGGAAGUGGCCAAGAAACUCUGA